CAAAAAGCAAAAUGGCCGAGGCAGUUUUAGGCAAAGGCGCGCAGCAACAUAUUUGCUACUCUGUACUGUACUCUCUGACACAGCAAAAAUGCCAAUACCAAAAUCGUUUAAAUGGAACAGAAAAAUAGCUUUUCCCAUUGAUGUCGUUUAUAUAAAGUUUGUUGAAGCUGAAAUCCACUACAAUUCCAAAAGUUUCUCCAUCAUUUGAAGCUCUUUCAUCGUCAAUGUAGCACUUCAAUGGCGUCUCAAGGCGCCAUUUACUGAUACAACACUUGCAGAUUUUCACCCAUUUUUGCUAUAUGCAGGUCUCAAAUAGUGUUUAAGCUGCUAGAGGCCAACGUUAAUCCGAACCUCAUAAACAUGAAUGACAAUAUGGAGUCACUUGUUGAUUUUCACGUAAAAGAUGAGGCAAAAAGGCUGCUUAAAGAGAUUGAACUGAUGAUGAAGAAUGUUGAGAAUUCUGAAUUCUAUGCUGGAAUGCGACUGGAUAUCAAACAGAAUGAGACAAUCCAAAAACAUUUGUUUCGCAUUUUAGGCUCCCAUUCACACGUUCAGGUGGUAGUCUAUGCUUUGGGAAGUAUCGAGUAUAGUUUCAGUUCACAAUUUCAGCUUGCUGUAGUUCUCCUACUAAAACGAGAUUUUUCCAAUUGGAUCGGCAAUAUAGAAAUAUACGAUCCUGUCUUGUCUCCAGCUGAUAUCAUAGUUUUCAAGUAACUAGAUCUUGAGGUUCUCACCGUUGAUGAAAAUUGUAAGAGGAAAGCUGGGACACCGACAAUGUUCUACAUGCCUAAUCCUUAUCCUGAUCUUUUUGGUAACCUUUUGGGAGCAAACUGGUCUUCAUCUUGUCUUAACCAGAUUUUUCUGCUGACAAACUCAUUUCGCAACACAUUCACCAAGCUGCCACUUUGUGAUCAGAAUCUUUUAGAAACAAUACUACGCUUAUGUAGCAUUCGUGAAUUCACAACAGAGAUUGACAUAAAAACUAGCAGCGAUCAGAUGUAUGCUAAUUUGUUCUCAGAAUUUGCCUGGCAUUUCUUUGAUGUGGUUCCCAACGACGACAUUGACAAACCGGGAUGUUAUUGGUUAGAAAUGCAAAGGUAUCUUGAAAUAGGUUUUCUGUAUGGUAUGCUAAAGAAUAAGACCAGUGAGAGUUUUGCACAAAUUUUGGGUUGUAAUUGUGGCCCUCGUCAUUUCAGAUGCAACUCGGUUCCUCUUCCUCCAGGUUGGAUUAAGCUAAACAUCUAUGGCAUUAGCACAAAGGGUAACCAGCCUGGAUGAUUUAGUGGCGUUUUCCAAGAUGAAAAUGGAAUGUGUUUAGGUAGGUAUAGGGGUGAGAUUGAUGUCGAAGACAAUGUGAUUGCUGGACUAGAGGAUUUGAGGCUUGGGCUGGUCAGAUGCAAGGAAGGGAAACAGAAUGUACAGAACUUGAUUGUCGAGUCGGAUAAUGUUAUGCUUGUCCAAUAUGUUAUUGGCCGCCCUGAGCCAAAUGCAAUAACUAUGUACAGGUUGAAGGAAAUUUCUGACUUGCUGAAACAUAGAACUUGUGCAUUUCUCUAUAUCUACAAAGAAGCCAAUGAAGCUGCUAGAGACUGGGCUCUGAGAGAUGAAUGUCCCAAUAAAGGGCCAAAUGCUGCCUCAGAGAGAAAACUUUAUGUAGGAAACCUUCAUCUUAACAUGACACAGUUACAGCUUAGACAGAUUUUUGAAGCUUUUGGGCCAGUAGAGCAUGUCAACUUACCUACAGAUCCUGAAACAGGACAUAGCAAAGGAUUUGGGUUUGUUCAAUUUGCUCAACUUGAACAUGCAAAGGCGGCUCAAAGUUUGAACGGCAAGCUUGAGAUUGGGGGUUGCACCAUCAAGGUUUCAUCCUUUACUGAACAUGUUGGAGUACAAGAUGCUGGAGUUAAAACUGCAGAUUUUGAUGAUGAUGCAGGUGACUCGAUUUGCAGGUCCCAAAUAGUGUUUAAGCUGCUACAGGCCAACGUUAAUCUGAACCUCAUAAACAUGAAUGACUAUAUGGAGUCAAAUGUUGAUUUUCACAUAAAAGAUGAGGCAGAAAGGUUGCUUAAAGAGAUUGAACUAAUGAUGAAGAAUGUUGAGAACUCUGAAUUCUAUGCUGGAAUACGAUUGGAUCUCAAACAGAAUGCGACAAUCCAAAAACAUUUGUUUCGCCUUUUAGGCUCCCAUUCACAUGUUCAGGUGGUAAUCUGUGCUUUGGGAAGCAUCGAAUAUAGUUUCAGUUCACAAUUUCAUCUUGCCUUAGUUCUCCUACUAAAACGAGAUUUUUCCAAUUGGAUUGGCAAUGUAGAAAUAUACAAUCCUGUCAUGUCUCCAGCUGAUAUCAUAGUUUUCAAGGAACUAGGUCCUGAGGUUCUCACCAUUGAUGAAAAUUGUAAGAGGAAAGCUGGGGGACCAACAAAUGUUCUACAUGAUUUGCCUGGCAUUUCUUUGACGUGGUUCCCAACAACGACCUUGACAAAACGGAAGUUGUUGGUUAGAAAUGCAAAGUUCUCUGUUGUUCUAUUGAUACUGGGUAACAAAGGCCUUUUAAUUUCUGUUGCGUAUCUUGGAAUAGAUUUUAUAUAUCGCAUGCUAAAGAAUGAGUCUAGUGAGAGAUUUGCACAAAUUUUGGGUCAUACUCGUGGCCCUCGUCAUUUGAGAUGCAUCUCGGUUCCUCUUCCUCCAGGUUGGAUAAAGCUAAACAUCUACGGUGUUGGCACAAAGGGUAACCAGCUAGGACAAUUUAGUGGUGUCUUCCGAGAUGAAAAUGGAAUGGGUUUAAGUAGGUAUAGGGGUGAGAUUGAUGUCGAAGACAAUGCGAUUGCUGGCCUAGAAGCCUUGAGGCUUGGGCUGGUCAGAUGCAAAGAAGGAAAACCAAAUGCACGGAAGUUGCUUGUGGAGUCCGAUAAUGUUAUGCUUGUUCAGUAUAUGAAUGUCACAAUAAAGGGCCAAAGGCUGCCUCAGAGAGAACUUUAUGUAGGAAAUCUUCAUUUUAACAUGACAGAGUUACAGCUUAGACAGAUUUUUGAAGCUUUUGGGCCAGUAGAGCUUGUUCAAUUACCUAUAGAUCCUGAAACAGGACAUUGCAAAGGAUUUGGAUUUGUUCAAUUUGCUCAACUUGAGCAUGCAAAGGCGGCUCAAAGUUUGAAUGGAAAGCUUGAGAUUGCGGGUCGCACCAUCAAGGUAUUCAACGCUCUAUCAAGGGCCUUGCUUAUGGCAAUAUUGGACGAUGUGGGUGCUGUUUCAGGUGUUGCGGGUACACUUGGAGUUCCUGCAGAAGCUCCAGGUCAGCCAGCAAUGAGCAUGCCAACAGGUGGGGCAACAGCUUUUCCAAAUAUGCUCCCAACGCAAGACUUUGCUUCCAUGGUUCCCGAACCUAUUGGAAUUCCCAGCGAGUGUUUGCUAUUGAAAAUCAUGCUUGAUCCUGCAACUGAGAUGGAUCCAGAAUUUUAUUUGGAUAUUAAAGAUUAUGUCAAGCAGGAGUGUUCUAAGUAUGGUAGGGUCAAGCAUAUCCAUGUGGACAAGAAUAGCUCUGGUUACGUGUACUUGUGGUUUGAUAGUGUCGAAGCUGCAUCUCGUGCUCAACAAGCUAUGCACAAGCGAUGGUUUGCUGGCAGAUCAAUUUCAGCCAUCUUCUUGCAACAUUAUGAAUAUGAUGCCAAGUUCAAAGGUACAGACGGAGGCUAAUCCAGAAUAUCUGAAGACUGUUGAUUUGGUUAUUGUAAUUGCGAAACCACAGCUGAUUUUGUGUUAAAAUUCGGAUGUUAGUGAUAUCAAUGACUCAUUAAGGGCUCUGGAUACUCGGGCAGCAAGAAUAUUCUCAUUUUAAUCAAUCAUGACACUUAGAGCCCUACUUAUUUUCAAUUGAUGGAAGUAUGAAUAAAUUAUUCAGAGCUCAAUCCAUUCUGUGCUUUUUUUGGGAA